CCCGUGUGGAUGUAUGAAUGUGUGUGUGUGUACAUGUGUUCAGAUUUCUGGAAUAUGGGGAGAGUAAAGGUCAGCUGUAUGGAAUUAGCACUGAUGCCAUUGAUGAGGUGCUAAAACGAGGGCGGAUGUGUAUCAUUGACGCCGAGCCCCAUAGCAUCCAGCUGUUGCGAACAAAGAAAUUUAAACCCUAUGUAAUUUUCAUCAAACCACCCAGCCCAGACAGACUCAGGGAAACUCGGAGAGAUGCUCGAAUCAUCACCAAUUAUGCCAUCAACAGAGUUUUCUCAGAGGAAGACUUUGCAGAGCUUGAAGAGACAUCAAAGCCGAUUGAAGCAAAGUACAAGCAGUUUUUUGACAGUGUCCUGGUGAACGAUGACCUACAGGACGCUUGCAUAGAGCUCUGUUCCAUCAUUCAGCAGGCACAGGAUGAACCACAGUGGAUACCUGUAAGCUGGGGAAGAGCAGAGGAUUAGCACAGGGGAAGAAUAAAAUACUAAAGAGAUACAAAAUGACAAUGUGAAAGUGAAAUAAGAAGAAACAGGCAGAAAUAAGUAUUUAAAGACACGGUGAAAUCCUCAGAGCAGAACAUAAGGAUAAUACAUUUAUAAGGGAUGAACAGAUAAUCAGUCAUAUGAUUAUGAUGUGACACUAUCCAUGAUGUCAUAUCUUUGCAAUUUGGGAACAAAACUCUUUAUUUGUAUCCAGUGGUUGGUAACCCUAGCAACAGUUUGUUGUUUCAUGUUACAUGCUGUUACAUGGUGUUGAACACUACACUUUAAUUAUAUUUCAUAUAAUCACUCCCACUUUUGAUGCUGUUUUUUUUUCAGUGACAGCUGUUCAAUGUAUUUACUUUCAGUCUUUCAGUCUUUGCCUCUCUGUGCUGUAGUGAUAUCUUAUUGGUAUGUUAUUGGUAUGUUGUGGU